AUGAGAAACGCAGUGCUGAUUUUCUUGCUGGCGGUUGCGCUGACAGGCGGCCAUCUCAUGGCGGGUGAGGCCUUGACGGGACACAUCUCGGAUGCCAAGUGCGGCGCUGCCCACGUCGACCAUUCCGCCAAGUCGAUCGGUUGCGUCACGGGGUGUGUGAAUGGCGGUGAGAAGCCCGUGUUCGUCACGGGAGACAAGAAAGUCCUCCAGAUCGCCAAUGCCGACAAGGUGAUGGCCCAUCUCGGCCACAAGGUGGAGGUCACCGGCAAGGUGAUGGACGGAACCCUGACCAUCAAGUCGGUGAAGCACCUGGCCCCUUAA